UCAACAAGUAACAAAACAAAAAACAACCAAGGACCAAGCUUUUGACACAUACCAUAUGAUCAACGACUAUAUACGCAUGCGCGACAUGCGGCAUGUGUCUAAAAUUGUAGGUUAAGGUUAAACUUAUGUCAAAUCAAAUUUUAAAUUUGAACAUGUGGCCUGUUAUAUACACAGCACUCAGAACAUAUGCACCCUAUGUAACUCUUCCUGUUGCUGCUCUUGUAGGAGUCAUAGGUUACAAUCUAGAAAGUUGGAUCUCUAAUAGAUAUACACCAUACAACAAAUCUAUUAAAGAACAACGAGAAGAUAGGCUAUUAGUUGAAGCAAAACUUAAAGAAUCUGAUAAAGUAGAGAAGUUAAAAUAUAAGGCUAAUAUUCUAGACACAAAUUUAUCUCCUUCCUUAACUUGAACAUUAGAAUGGUGCAUUGGUAUACACUUAAAUGUUAAAUAACUUUAAUAAAUUGGAGUAUGUAUUGUUUUAGUUCUCUAUAUUAAUAAAAAGUUGUGAUAUUAAA